CAGGCAAAUGUUUUAUACCAACAUCAUGGUUGGGAUGUUGUUGUUCUAUACUUCAACAGACAUGGCAAAUGUACAUCUGUACACACUUACGGUACACCUGGUGCUGGCCAAAAGUUUGUUGGAAAAAACAAACAAAAUGCAUCAAAAUAUGGUCUUGUGACUACAAGACUUUACAAACAGUUUUCCAAAGGUAAGUGCAACUGACAAUCACCACUAUAUUCGUUGUCUUGAUAAUCUUAUGAUUAAAACAGUACAUUCCACCCAAAAGAACUUUCCAUCCUGAUCCAAUAAAAUUUCUUGUGCUCUUUUGCAACAUGUCAUAACACAUGGUUUGUGGCAAAAUUUUCCAAAUGGUUUUCCUAAGGAAAUAGAAAACCUCAUAAAUAUACAAGGUAAAAAAACACUAGUCGUUUUACUCAGUAAGAUCAUUAUACGCAUGAAGUCUAAGAAGUCUGGCCAAAUUUUUCAUUGUAUUUGACAUUAUUGUCAAUUUAGGCUGAGAGAUUGUUAAUCAUUAUAACCAUAAUGAUGGUGAUGAUGACUGGGGGAUUACCAAAAAAGAUGGGAUGUGUCAUUAAGUAUACAUUCAAUAUUUGUUUGAGUUUAUUGUGAAAAAGCUAACAAACUGAUAGCAGAAUUCAUUUAUAUAGUGAAACAUGUGUAUCCCUAUCGCUGUAAUCUCAAAUUCAAACUCUUUGAUUUUAAUGUGUAUCACAAUUUGACUGUAACUAACAUAUUAGAACCUUCUUAAAUUUGCUUUGCAUAUUUUUCGGUAUUUAAUUUCUGCCAGAGGGUUCUUUCACAUGUAGUUUAAUGCAUUUGAUCUAUGUACUAAAAGUUUUCUGUUUUACUAAGAGUGAUCAGGAUUAAAUAAAAAAAUCUGUGUCUCCAUUAUAGAGUUUCAUGGCAGUGAACACACGAUUGAUGACGAGCCAGAGGAUCCGUCCAUAACUGUUUCCGUCAAAAAUGGCACAAUGUCCGUUGUUUGUACGGGUGUGAAGCCAGUAUCACAAGAUGGGAAUGAGGCUAAUGAAAGUCAGGAAUGUAGUGCUGAACAACCACAGCAGAUGGCUGGUGCGGGUGGUGCCACAAUCAUCAAUCAGGUCCCGGCAGAUAUUGCACAAGAACAGCAGUUGGAUGGUGUGGGUGAAGCAACAACUAGCAAUCAGGUCGUGGCACAGAGAGCUGGGCCUGAACAGGUUGAUGAGGAUGGUAGUCGGGGAGGUGGAGCUAGGCAUGGGCAGCUGGAUGAUGGUAGUAGUUGGGCGGGUAGAGCUUGCAGUGGCCAGGUUGAUGAAUGUGGUAGGGUGGCUGGUGGAGCUGGGCCUGGACAGUUAGAUGACAGAAGUGGCCUUGGGCAGGUGGUAGACACUGUUAGUCAGGCAGGUAAAGCUGGAAGUGACCAAGUACAUGAGGGUCAGACUCUGGCAGGUAGAGCUGGACGGGGGCAGGUGGAUAAUGGUAGUAAUCAGGCACGCAGAGUUGGGCAUGAUCAGGGGGAUGAUGUUGGUAGUCGGGUAGGUGGAGCUGGGCGUUUUCAAGUGAAUGGUAGUUGUAGUCGGGCAGGUGGAAAUCAAAAUGGGCAGGUUGAUGAUUGUGAAGGCAGGGGAGUUGUGGCUGAGCGGGAACAAGUACCAGUGGGGAAAGAGAGCGACGCAGUUGCCUAUGUCGUUGAUGGCGAGAUUCUUUCUGUUGGCAUUGUGGACAGAAAUCGUGAUACUCUUCACGGUCAUAAAAUUGAGAGAGGGAUGGUCUGUGUUUUGAUAACAUACCUCACAAAGCCCCUUGUCCCUGCACCA